CCCACCCCAGGGAGGAAGGGAGGGGCCAUAAAUAGGGCAGCCCCGAGUGGCGUUUCCAGGCUGGGCCAGCGAGACUCAGUUUCCCCUUCGGAGAAGCCGGCUGAGGAAGAUGAUCCCCACUUGGGCGGCUCUGCUGGUCCUGGGCUUGGCUACCGCAGCCCCCCAGAUGCGGGUCCUGACCCAGCAGCAGGCCCUGGCCUCGGCCGUCGCCCUCUACAACCAGCAGAGACCCUCGGAGUGGGCCUUCCGCCUGCUGGAGGCCGAGCCCCAGGCGGACUGGGACCCGACCAGCCCAAGCCCGCAGGGGCUGAAGUUCUCCAUCAAGGAGACGGUGUGUCCCUCCUCGCAGACCCACAACCUGACCCAGUGCGACUACAAGGAAGACGGGCUGGAUCGAGAUUGUUCCGGAAUCUAUUCGACACAACAAUCGCCGAUUGUGAGCGUCCAAUGUCAGGACAUGGAUCGAGAGCUGAAGCGGAUCUCCCGAAGACGCUGGAGGAGGAGCGCCCAACGUCCCCCGCUACUUUUCGGGCUCCCCUUCACCUCGAAACCGACAUAAAAUAAUCCUUCUCCUCUUGAAAGAUCUGACAGCUUCGAUUGCAUCUGACAAAUGACACGGCUUUUUUUCUUUUCUUUUUUACUUCUCCUUUUUGAGACGUGCAGAAUUGCAUAAUAAAAAUCUCCUUUGGACCACGGUGGUUGAAAACGUCCGUUUUAUUUUACUCUGGAGGGAAGGAAACGCUUUGGAGGGUAAAGAGAGCAGUAGCACUUUAGACUUAUAGGCCGCUUCAUCGUCCUUUUUACAGCCCUCUCUAAGCGGUUUGCAGAGUCGGCACGU